AAUCUCACCUCCGUGCCCCUGGGAACCAGGGCCAGGCUGCCCCAGAGCGGCCGUCCACUAGCGGGAGGCUGCGAGCAGGACCGACGCCUCCAGGCUGGCGAGCGGAGCGCUCCCACCGCCGCGCUGCCGCGGGGGCCGGCGCCUGCCCCCCGCAGAGCACGCCGGGGCGGGAGUGGAAGCCGGAUCCCGCUCUUUCGUUUUCGUUUCCCGGAAGGAUAGCGAUUACCGGAGCGCCCUGUGAGCCUGCUGGCCCGGGAAGCCCGAGGGCACACUCCCCGGCGCUUCUCGAAAGAGAUUUCCUCCUACACUACCUUCCAGUUCUGGGGGCCGAGUUAAGGGGUGAGGGACGGAGGGCCUGAGAGCGCCCAGCAGCCGCGGCCAGUGGAGCGCUCACGACCGACGGCCGGUGGCUGUCUCACCUCCACCUGCGAUGCAGGUCUUUUUACCCUGGCCCCUCAGGUUCCCUGUGUCCUCUCACCAAGAUGCCAGAGGGAGCAUUGGCCAGCUCUUCUGUGAGGUCCGAGGCAGCCACACCACCCCCAGGCACCCAGGCCAGAUGUGAAGCUAGAAUGAACUUGCUGGGUGAAGGGGAAAUCUGCAAGCUACCAGGAAGACUCCGCAUCCAGCCGGCACUCUGGAGCAGGGAGGACGUGUUGCACUGGCUGCGCUGGGCUGAGCAGGAGUACUCCCUGCAGCGCACUGGGGAGCAUGGGUUUGAGAUGAACGGCAGAGCCCUCUGCAUUCUCACCAAGGAUGACUUCCGGCUUCGUGCACCUGGUUCAGGUGAUGUCCUGUAUGAGCUGCUCCAGUACAUCAAGACCCAGCGGCAAGCCCUCGUGUGUGGACCCUUUUUUGGAGGGGCCUUCAGGCAGAAGAUGCCCACUCAGCACUGCUCCUGCCUCCUGGAAGAGGGGACCGGGCCCCCUCAGUUGGCCCCCCGAAGGGAUCUCCUGCAGCAACCGUCGCACCUGGGGCUUCCCAGCUCCUCGAGUCCCCUGGUCAAGUGGCCCCUCGGCAGGGAGGAGUCCCUCAACGUAUCUCACUGUGCGGAGCUGGGUUGCAGGGCAGAGGGAGCCUGCUCCUUCCCCACCAUGCCGCAGGCACCCAUUGAUGGCAGGAUCGCUGACUGCCGCCUGCUGUGGGAUUAUGUGUACCAGUUGCUCUCUGACACCAGGUAUGAGCCCUACAUCAGGUGGGAAGACAAGAACGCCAAGAUCUUCAGAGUUGUGGAUCCAAACGGGCUUGCCAGACUCUGGGGAAACCAUAAGAACCGGGUGAACAUGACCUAUGAGAAGAUGUCUCGUGCCUUGCGCCACUACUAUAAGCUGAACAUAAUUAAGAAAGAGCCCGGGCAGAAACUCCUGUUCAGAUUUCUGAAGACACCCAGGAAGAUCAGUCAGGACGAGGACAGCCGCCUGGAGCAGCCAGAGAGCCAGGAGCAGGACAGGAUGGAUUUCAAGGAGGAAAUGCUGGAAGUCUCUCCGUGAGGGGCAGAUGGAUUCUGGGCAUCAAGCACUGAUGGGACAGAAACUGAGUCUCCCUUGAGGGCAGCUAGCUGCCUGGUGGUCUCUGCCUUCCUCACAGAGCAGCGGGGACCCCCAGUGGCUUUUGCAUGCGUGGGAUCAUAACCAUUGUCCCGGACCUCCAAGCUGCCUGGGCACCUGGGAGGCUCAGAACUGGGAGGCCUUACAUUCUGGACAUUGUUGGGUGGGGAUCGUUCUUGGGUAGGGCAGCCCUGGGGCUGAGUGGGGACAGGGAGUGAACCCUCUGUCUGCCCUACCUACCCCUUGCUACCUCCCCAGCCUGGAAGCAGUAGCCGGGCGCUGAGAGAACGUCCAGCCGAGCUCCUUCGACUUACAGAAGAAGGUAGCAGAGGCCCCUCACUGAGCCUUAGCUGUUUCCUCAUUUGUAAAGGGACAUGUCAGUCUUAGUAAUAACAGUAUAACAAUGCUCACUGACAUCUAAGUACUCACUGCGCACCGGGCCUUGUGCGAAGGGUCCCCCAUAUUUUAUCUCAUUCCAUUCACACGCCAAACCCCCGAGGUUUAAAGAUGGGGAAACAGAGGCAGAGGCUUCCAGAGCUGGGAUGUCUCCCCAGAAUGCAGGGCUGUUACUUGGCUGGUUGGUGGGUUUUGGUGACUCUGCGUGUACGGGGCAUUUCUCAAGCCAAGGCCACGGCCCUGCCUCUCUGCCCUCGGCGUCACUGCUGAACAGUUCACCUCACUCGGCCCAACCUUCCUUCCUGAGUUUUCAGUCCUUUGGUGGCUCUGUGACUAUGACCCAGUGGAGACUGCCACUGCCCCCUCCACCUGUGGCUUCCUGUGCUCCGGGACCCGCACCUGCCAUGUGACCUUGGGCAGCUGUUGUCCCUCUCUGGAGCCUCAGGCUUCUCAUCCGUAAAAUGCAGAUGCUGUUCCUGACCUGACCUCACAGGAUUGCCAGAAAUGUCCACAAGACCACAUCGGCGACACGCUUAGGUGUGCCCGCUCUGUAGGAAGCACUUAGUCCGUGUUCGCCAUGAACACUCCACAAACCCAACUGCCCGAAAGCAUGAAAAUGCAUCUGUGUUAUCGGUUCAGCUUCUCUUCUCCCUUCCCCAACGCCCGGGGAGUGGCGGGGGCCUCACGAGGAGGUCAGAGCCUCUGCCCUGUGGCCCUUCCAGUAAGGUUUGGGGAAGAAAGGGAAGAGGGUGUUUUCACUUCAUUGAAAACAGAACUUCUUGGAUUCACAUCUGCUUUCUUGGCAGGAGGAAACCCCUGCCUCUCGCCCCCAGGCAGGUCAGGAAAUCCCCAUCUGGCGGAGCCUGCCACGGCUCUGAGUCACGGGCAGAAGCUGAUAAGGAUUCCUAGACUUUGGCUCUCAGCGCUGUGACCACUCCUGAGGAGGGCUUCUGUCCUGGCCGAGUCCCGCCCCAGGCCCUGGACAGUCCACACCAGGAGCAGUGGGCAGGUGGCCUUGGCAUAGAGGCUCAGUACAAAAAUCCUUGGUCCCUUUCCUCUUCCUUGAAGCUGUUCCAUCCUUGGUCCAGGAUGCAUCCGUGCUCCGUAGCUUUUCUCAGCAUCUCUAACCCAGAACUCCACAACUGGACUGGGAAGGACCGUCAAAACCCACUUGUCCAGCCUCUCCUUUUAUUGAUAAGGCAACCGAGGCCAGAGAUGGGGAGGGACUGGCUCAAGGACAAACAGCCCAGCUCAGCCUGGCUGACUCCUCAUGUUGCCUCCUAAGUCACUUCUUCCAGGUACAACGUUGGCAUUUGCCUGGCACUCGUUACUGGUUGUCAAGAGCUGUGUAUGCCCGGGAAUAUGUCUUCACCCAGGGCGAUGAAUCUCACUGGCGCUGGGGCCACGGGGC